UUCAUAUAACCUAAAGUUUCUGGGUUUCAAUUGUAUUAAUACAUGUUUUACAGCUCAGUUAAAGUCUGCUGCACUUUCAUAGACACAGAAGAUGUAUUGCUUAAACACUUGCUGUAAACAUGUGUUAACUUAAUCAGUGUAAGGCAGUAAAUGCAUUUCAAUAAACUAAAACAAAACCAAAAAAGAGAUUGUGAUCCCACAGGGGAAACUGUGCUAGGAUAACAUCAUAUUUAGUUUGACUACAAUACUAAAGGAGAAAGGAGUGUAAAGGUGAGGCAGAGAGAGGGGGAGUGGCCUACAGGAAGGCAAUAAAGGGAGAAAACGGGUGUGUCAUGGUUUGCUUUGGCUUUUUAUCCCCCUGCCAAUAUCUUUUCUUUGUUACUCCUUGUAUCACUUAAACCGAUAAUACAUGUGUAUGAAUAACAAAGUCUUUCCAUUUUAAGUCACUCAAAUAAACAACAGUUGUGUAUUUCCCUGACUGUCCUGUUUUGUGAGAUUCCUUGGAUGCCUGGAGCAGUUCCUUUUGAGUUAAUACUGAAAUAGCUGCUGCAUAUAGAACAAUACCUCUUUUGGAGGUAUGAACUCUCAUAGAUUAUUGACUUUGUAAUGUUUUCAACUUUUGAGUAGCUCUCCUUUUUUAUUUUUAUGAUCAGCCUUGACUUUAAACUCCAUGUGAUUCACAAAUCACACACUCAUGCAGUUUGGAUGCCUUUGCUCCUGCAUGUUGAGGCUUGUGAGACACAGAGCUUGCAUGAGCUCAAGUGAGACAUGUUUUACCAAAAAACUGAAAUGUAUCCUCUCCACUACUUCUUCUUCUACUACAUUUUUCUGUACAUUUAUGAAACACCUUUUCUAUGAAAGUAUAUCAUGCCCCAGGUAAAGUUUGUUAAUUCUCAAACACACCUUGAAGACAUUGGGUGCAACUACGGGUUUAAUCGUGCCAAAGAGCAGCUCUAAAGCCAUACAUGGCAAUUGAGUGCUGUGAUCUAGAGUUCUGCACCUUGCCAGGUAGACAUAGGUCCUCUUACAUUUUGUUUGUGCUGGUAUAAAAUGGUCCCUGUGUAUGACAUUGAACCGUUAAUCAGAGCGGUGAGUGCUUGUGCUGCUGAUGACAACUGCUAAAUACCUGAGAUAUUUACAUAGCAGCGAACAGGCUCAGACAGAGAGCUGGAAAUAAUGAAAGAAGGGGAGCAAUAGGACUAUAGUAUUAAUUCAGAAGAAAGAAAUAAGGCUCAAAAGAAGAGAAGCCACGUGGAAACUUCCAGCAGGCUCUGCACAUAUACUUCUGUGACCAAAGGAUAAACAAAUGGUCUGCUCUACACUGUCAUCACUGGUUGCUGGGUGGAGUACUGUUAUUAAAUCUCUCGGAGAAGGCACAAAAAAAAAGAAAGUGAAAGAGUUAAGGCACGGCACGAGCGAGAGAGGGAUAAAUAUAACACAGAAACUUCCGAGAGAGGGAGAGGAAAAAAAGAUAUUUAAAGCACAGAGGAGAAAGGGACAAAGAGACUGAGUCGAAGAGAGCUUUUGUUUGUCAUGUUAGAGACGUAACCAGAGAUGAACAAAGCACAUCUUCUCCCAGUGAUCCAUGCAGGGGACGGGAGGACUCUGUCCAGAGCAGAGUUUCACUCACUACUAAACACCUACAACUGCUUUCUCAAGGACCACACUCAACUCCACCUCAGUUACUCACUGGAUGGUGAUGGAGAGGUGGUGGUGGAAGGGUUCCUGAAUAUCUCCUGGGGAGUACGGAGACCCAUCCGUCUGAAGAUACAGGACGAGAAACAGAUGCUGCCCUUCGUUCCUCUGAUCUCACUCGGGCCCUUCAGCCCAGUCAGCCCCAUCGGAGACAAGAGGGGUAUGUCUCGAUGGGGAGAAUAUUCGGACCUUCACCAGAUGGAUGAGAUGUCUGAAACACCACUGGACACAGUCGUCAUCAAACCUUUGCCAGGCCCUGCUGUGUAUGAGACGACCACUCUGCGUCCCGUGAGGCAGAGGAGCUGCGACCUGGAGGCAGAGUCCAACCUGAUCCGCUGUAUGAGUGACGCCUCAUUGGUGAAGAGGAGGAGGGGGAGGGGGAAGUCAGCAGCACAAAGAGAGCAAGAAAGACAACACCGCUUUUCCAUUAAUGGACACUUCUAUAACUAUAAGACCGCCAUCUUUACUCCAUCCUUUGGCACUCCUACCAAAGUUCGUAUCUCAAGCAAGAUGAACACAAACCAGGUUAUUGAACAGCUGCUACACAAGUUCAAGAUAGAGAACGACCCUCAGGAGUUUGCCCUAUACUGUGUUCAUCAGAGUGGAGAAAAGAGGAAGCUCAGUGACAGAGACCAGCCCCUGUGGGAGCGCAUACUGCAGGGACCCUCUGACGACAUUAUGAAGAUUUUCUUGAUCGACAUGGACGAGCAGGAAGUCAGCAAUGCUGUAGCACAGUAUCUGAACCUGGAGCUUCCUAUCUUGGAGCAGGUUCUACUGAAACUCAGAGAGGAGGAGAACAGAGAGAUACAGAGAGUUGUAAACAAGUACCACAAACAGCAUAGACUCCUGUCCCAUGUACUGACCCGUAAGAUGUCACCUCACAUUGAGACCAGCGUGUGACAAUUGCAAACACAAGGCCUUUCAUGCAUCACAGCACCACGAAAGAGUAGCUUUGUUGAACUUUACAGCAACAUGGCUGUAGAUGCAAAAAAAAAGUACGAAUGUGAAACAAAAUGGUGAGUAUUUAGUAAAAUACCACCUAUCUGACACACUGACAGAAACAGUUGUUCUAAUGAGUUAUGUCAUUUUAGUAUGUCAGGUGAUCUUUAUUUCUCUUUUUUUUUAAAUAAGUUCACGAUGAAAUUGUAAAUGCUGCUGUAAAUAAUUGUAAAUCAGUGUCGUCUGUUAAUAAAUAUAAGAUGUGGGACCAAAAGGA